AAAAAAACAAUUAAAAAUAGUAAUUUUUCAAAGCCCUUUUGCUUCUGAAGUGCAGCUAACCUCCCGCCCAGGAGCCCUGCUUGUGAGACAAGAUACUCAAAGGGAAGGCUUGAUGCGAGGAAUUUUCUAUCCUAUGGAUAUAUCAGUUUUUGAGGUUUACCCCCCACCGCCCCCCCAAGAAGAAGCUCUGUAAUUGAUCUAGCACCAGAUCCUUUCAAUGCCUAAUAUCGCCCGGGAUUGCUGGAGUACCCGCGGAGCUGCGUCGGGCUGUCCCCGGGGUGUGCCAUGGGCUGUAUCCAGAGCAUUAGCUGCAAAUCCAAAGUUUUCCGGGAAAGCAUUUCGGUGAUUGAAGUCAAAGCCUCCAUCGAUCCCAUCCCCACCAGCAUCGACGAGUCCUCCAGCGUGGUGCUGCGCUACCGGACCCCUCACUUCCGAGCCUCUGCGCAAGUGUUGGUGCCCCCUCUGCCCAAGAAGGAGACCUGGAUCGUGGGCUGGAUCCAGGCUUGCAGCCACAUGGAAUUUUACAAUCACUACGGGGAGCAGGGAAUGUCGAGCUGGGAGCUUCCAGACCUCCUGGAGGGUAAGAUCCAGGCCAUCAGCGACUCGGACGGAGUCAACUACCCCUGGUACGGCAACACCACCGAGACCUGCACCAUCGUGGGCCCCACCAAGAAGGAGUCCAAGUUCCAGCUCAGCAUGAACGACAACUUCUACCCCAGCGUGACGUGGGCAGUGCCGGUCAGCGAGAGCAACGUGGCCAAACUCACCAGCAUCCACCGGGAUCAGAGCUUCACCACCUGGCUGGUGGCCACCAACACGGCCACCAGCGAGAUGGUCACCCUGCAGACCAUCAAGUGGCGCAUGAGGCUGGGCAUCGAGGUGAACCCCGGCCGGCCCCUGGGGCAGCGUGCCAAGCUGCGGGAGCCCUCCGCUCAGGAGCAGCCCCAGGUGCUCAGCAAGAACGAGCCAAUACCGCCCAGUGCCCUUGUCAAGCCCAACGCCAACGACGCUCAGGUGCUCAUGUGGAGGCCAAAGGACGGACCGCCCCUGGUGGUGAUCCCCCCCAAGCACCGAUGA